GUCUGAAAUAGUACAGGAGAGCAAUCCUGAAACCAUUUUGGGUCUCCCAAAUUGACCUCAAAUAUUUCUCUGCGAGGAGGAAGGAAAUGGGCAAAGCUUUCCAAUUGUCUUUGGAGUUUCCAAUUGUCUUUUUACACCUCCCUGCAAAUACAGUCUGUUAAGCUGAGCAAACUAUCAAUAUCCGUAAGAGAUUCAGGAACUAAAGCAUUUUCCAUCUCAAAGGAAUGGCCAGGCCACCCAGAAAAGGCAAUCAAGUAAAGUCAUUAUCAGGAAUCCUGGCAGGAGAGAAGCAAUCCUCUCAGAUUUCUGCUGGAGACCACCUCCUUCUGUGAUGGUGUAUAUAUGAUGUUUUGGGGGAUGGUCUUGGGCUACAGGGUGGGCAAUUUCAAAAGUUUAUAGGGGCUUGCGCACCAUUGUUCUGGGUCUCUCCUACCUUCUUGCAAGGAAGGGAAGGAACUGUUGCAAAAGAAAAAUAAAGAUCUGCCUUGCUUUCUAUGAAUCUUGCCUCCAUCCAUUCAUCUCUGACUGAUCAUGGACUGAUCAGUCCCUUGGGGAGUUGGGAAGCAAAAGGCAAACCCCCUGUUUUUUCUAAAACACCUGCAAUAAAUAAACAAACCUUGGGGUGAGUUCCCUCAACUUUUUUCCAGAAAAAAAAGCACUGGCAAAAAAUCCCCACACUUUGAACAGUUUUAUCAUGUUAUCUUAUGUUUUGUUCUCUUUUUUGCAAGAUCACACACCACCAGAGGUCCUCCUGCAGCCCUCUCAGCAACAGCCCUAACAGGCUCGGCUGCUGGACUACAACUCCCAACAUCCCUUGCAGCAGGAGUAAACAAGGUGGCAUGAAUUGGAUGGGAGAAGUCUAAUUAAGCAAGAGCCAGGAGAUAGCUGGAAACGGAGAAGGAUGCACCUGGGAGUCUGUCUCGCAGCCUUGGGUCUUGUCCUCCCUUUGUCCUCAUCCUCUGAAUCACACCAAGUGGGCAUCUCUGGGCGCCGUGUGACUGUCACUUGCCCUCUACAAAAUGCCAAUUGGAAAUUGGUCAGUAAAAAGAAUGGAAAUUAUAAUGUCACCGAAGAAAAUGAAAUCUUGACGAUUGAAGCCAUGAACAACAUGGAAGUGGUCAAGGGUGACUUCACCUGUCAGAAUGGCACGGCAUCCCACAAGAUUUAUCUGCAAAUCAAAGCCUGUGAUGACUGCGUGGACCUGAGCAUCGGACUGGUGGCCGGCAUUGUCGUUGCUGACCUGCUCAUUACCCUGGGGAUCAUGUUCCUGGUCUACUACUGCAGCAGCAAGAAGCCUGCCAACAGCUUUGGUGGGGGGGCCGCAGGGGGAGGCGCCCGCGGACGGACACGAGGCCAAAAGGUGGACCGCCCCCCACCUGUCCCAAACCCAGACUAUGAGCCCAUCCGGAAAGGCCAGCGGGAGGUGUAUGCUGGGCUGGAGCCCAGGGCCUUCUGAGACAUACCACAGUCUCUG